AGGGGAGAGAGUUGGAUAGCGAGAGAGACAGAGAGAGACAGAGCGAGAGUAAGAGAGUUUUCUUCAAACAACAGUGAUGGAAACGUUGUUGUAUCUCACCCUGCUAAUCUCAGGAUUCUACACACCUUCCUCAUGUCUUCAUCAGUAUCACUUCAUUACCAACGAUAUGAACUGGACUGAUGCCCAGAGUUACUGCAGAGCACAUUACACUGACCUGGCCACAGUAGAUGACAAGGAGGACCUGAACAGGCUGAUUACCAGUGUCAGUAGUUAUAAUUCCUGGUUAUGGAUCGGACUGAAGAAGGGAGACUCCAUGAAGUGGUCUCUGGCAGACAGACGUUUCUACAGCGAGGGGGAGACUGAGUUCAGAAACUGGGACACAGGGACACCCCAAAAUGGUAACUGUGCAUUAAUGAGUACAUCUGGGUUGUGGAACAACACCUCCUGUGAUGACCAGCAUCACUUCAUCUGUUAUGAUGGAAAACAAGACACCAACCUAACAUACGUCUUAAUUCAGGAGAACAAGACCUGGAUAGAUGCUCAGAGUUACUGCAGACAGUAUCACACAGACCUGGUCAGUGUGAGGAACCAGACUGAGAACACAGAGAUAGAGAAGAAGAUAUCACUGAGGGGACUUCCUGUGUGGAUCGGUCUGUUUCUAGACUCCUGGAGAUGGUCAGACCAGAGUGACUCCUCAUUCAGAAACUGGUUGCCAGGACGGCCUUCAACAGAUCAGGGAUACACCUGCACUCUGAUGUCUUCUGAUACUUGUUAUUAUUAUGAAGAUGGUUAUCAUGUUUAUUAUUAUGCUCCAUGGAUAAAUGAUCCCUGUGGCCUCAACUAUCCUUUCAGCUGCUAUGGUCCAGCUGUGGAGACCACUGAGAAACCUCAACUGAAGAGACAUGUGGUGAGAAUAAAGAUGACCCCAAAGGAUCAAAAUCUGAACCUCAGUGAUCCUGCUGUUCAGGACGCCAUCUUACAAGAGAUAAGGAACAAGCUGAAGGAGCAGGGGUUACCUACAGACACCAAAGUGACAUGGAAAAAGCAGCCUGAUGGGAAGGUCUUCCACAAGGAGGAAGAGGGGUCUCCCAAGAAAGAAGAGGAGGAGAAGAAGAUGAAGAGGAUGAUGACAAAGAGAGCCCCGGAAUGGGGACCCUCGCUGCGGGCUCCGGACUGUGCACAGGAAUGGGGGUCGUCGCCGGAGGCUCCGGACUGGAGUCCAUCGCCGGAGGCUCCCGACUGUAUCAUCACAGGAGGCUUCGUGCCAUGGAUCAUCACUGGAGGCUUUUUGACAUGGAUCAUCUCUGGAGGCUUCGUGCCAUGGAUCAUCACUGGAGUGAUGGAAACGUUGUUGUAUCUCACCCUGCUAAUCUCAGGGUUCUACACACCUUCCUCAUGUCUUCAUCAGUAUCACCUCAUUAGCAACUAUAUGAACUGGACUGAUGCCCAGAGUUACUGCAGAGCACAUUACACUGAUCUGGCUACAGUAGAUGACAUGGAGGACCUGAAUAGGCUGAUGACCAGUGUCAGUAGUUAUCAUUUCUGGUUCAUUGACUAUACAUUAAAAUUAAGGCACUGGAUUGGACUGAAGAAGGGAGACUCCAUGAAGUGGAACUGGUCUCUGGCAGACAGACGUUUCUACAGAGAGGGGGAGACUGAGUUCAGAAACUGGGACACUGGGACGCCCCAAAAUGGUAACUGUGCUUUAAUGACUACAGCUGGUCUGUGGAACAACACCUCCUGUGAUGACCAGCAUCACUUCAUCUGUUAUGAUGGAAAACAAGACACCAACCUAACAUACGUCUUAAUUCAGGAGAACAAGACCUGGAUAGAUGCUCAGAGUUACUGCAGACAGUAUCACACAGACCUGGUCAGUGUGAGGAACCAGACUGAGAACACAGAGAUAGAGAAGAAGAUAUCACUGAGGGGACUUCCUGUGUGGAUCGGUCUGUUUCUAGACUCCUGGAGAUGGUCAGACCAGAGUGACUCCUCAUUCAGAAACUGGUUGUCAGGACGGCCUUCAACAGAUCAGGGAUACAACUGCACUCUGGUGCAUUCUAAUCCUUCUGAUUAUACUAAAUGGGUAAAUCAACCCUGUGGCGUCAAC